AUGAUUGGAGCAACGUCAUCUGAGGAGUACCGCCAAUUCUGGUCAGGAUUCAUUGAUCUGUACCGUCAGAACGAGUGCCUGUGGCGUGUCAGAAGCCCGGACUAUGCCAACAGAAUCAAGCGGAAUCGGGCAUAUCAGCAGCUUAUUGAGUACAGUAGAGGCAAAAACUCUGAUGUUGAUGUCAAUUGGGUGAAGAAAAAAAUUUCAAAUUUCCGAACAGUGUUCGUGAAGGAACGCAAGAAGGUGCAAGAUUCACAGCGAUCCGGAGCCGGGACUGAUGAGGUCUAUAAACCGACGCUGUGGUACUAUGACCAAAUUCAGUUCAUUAUAGAGCAAGAGGCGUGGGUAAGGUCACGGGACGCUCUAGAUCCAGAGUCUCCAGUUCUUGUCGAAGAGGAGGCCCAGGAGAGUCUGGAUCUGGAUGCUACCCCGGAGCUGGAGGUGGAGCCUACCACAGGCCAAGGGGCAGAAGUGGAGGAGCCGGUAGCGGAGCCGGUGGCACCCCCACAGGCGCGCCCAGGAAGACCGAGGCGCACGGCAAGGAGGACCACUUCUUCACCCUAUAGCACCCCCUCUGGCUCCCAGCAGUUUUUUCAACGCGCUGAGGAGGUUUUGCAUAGGCCCCCGGAUGCCGAACAACAAUUUGGCAAUUUUAUUGCAUCGGAAAUGCGCCUGAUGACGGAUGAUCAAAAAUUCAUCGUCCAACGGUUAGUCAAUGAGACUGUCUCACGCGGCAGGCGCCAAACACUGGUGUCGGCGUGUGAGAUAGUGCCAACUGACCCUUGGUAUCACCCAAAUUUGUCCCGUCCCCCCUUCCCAAACAACCCCCCCAUGGAGCAUGUGCCGGUAAACCCCCCUCAGCAACCGUAUUUUUUUCCGUCGGGAGCCACACAGCCCAGCCCCUCCCCCCAAUCUAGCACCUCGUCCAGUGGCAUGUACUCUGACAUGCAGAGUACACAGUCCUCUGUGCUGGGCGACCCACGCUUUUUUCAUUUAUAAUUAGUUUUUUGGACCCGGUUUUUUAGUUUUGUUUGAAAAAUCUGCUGGUGACCUUAUCCUACGCUCUUGCUCAAAGUGAACUGUAUUGAGGUCAUUAGUACUGCAGCGUCGGUUUUGUGUCCUCACUGUCCCGGACUACGGAUCGUUGUGAAGACUGCACUUCUUG